GCUUGCCUUAUUUAUCUAGCAAAUUACCAAGGAAGCCACAGCUAGAAUGGCUUAUUAUAAUACAUUAGUGCUACUGACAAUCUUCAUUUUCUCUGAUGCAUUCCACUGGGCACAAGGCACGCAUGGGGAAGCCGAUUCAAAGUGUCCUCUGGCGGUAAAGGUUCUAGAUGCUGUGAGAGGAAUCCCAGCAGCCAAGCUGCCUGUAAAGGUGUUUAAACAGAAUGAAAAUAAGAGCUGGGAUCUGAUCUCUUCUGGAAUUACAUCCACUGACGGGGAAAUCCAUAACCUCACUACUGAAGAACAGUUUGUAGAAGGACUUUAUAAGCUGGAAUUUGCCACAAAACGAUUUUGGAGUAAGCUUGGUCUUUCCCCAUUCCAUGAAUACGUUGAUGUUGUGUUUACUGCCAAUGAUGCUGGACACCGUCACUACACCAUCGCUGUGCUCCUCACUCCGUAUUCCUUCUCUACAACUGCAGUGGUCAGUGAGCCCCAGGAAGGCCAUGUGUAACUUAUAACAAGCCACCUUUGCUUAUUACUAGAUAUAUGCAUGUGUUAUGUUUUCUAGCUUUUGGUAUUGUUUUGUAUCUUUUCAAACCCAGAUCCCAGGUUUAGGUUAUGUUAACCACGGUGUUAAAUAAAGUUUUCUUCACACAACAA